UUGCCCGGGUGAUUGCCGUAGGGCGGCCGAGUGUGCGGAGUCACGAUGGCGGUGCAGCUGGAGCAGGCGGUUGGGAUGUACGAGCAGCUGCGGAGCGAGUGGGCGCGCAAGAACCCCAACCUGCGCAAGUGUGAGGAGCUGCUGGUCAAGCUGAAGGUGGCUCUACUGGAACUGAACUUUCUGCCCACAUCCGGCACCAAACUGACCAAGAGGCAGCUCAUUCUUGCCCGGGACGUUUUGGAAAUCGGAGCACAAUGGAGUAUCCUGAAGAAAGAUAUCCCAUCAUUUGAACGCUAUAUGGCACAAAUCAAGUGUUAUUACUUUGAUUACAAGGAUGAAUUGCCUGAGUCUGCCUACAAACAUCAGCUAUUGGGAUUGAAUCUACUGUUUCUUCUAUCUCAGAACCGGGUGGCUGAAUUCCACACAGAGCUGGAGAGACUACCUGCAAAAGACAUACAGACCAACGUCUACAUCAAACACCCAGUCUCACUCGAGCAGUAUCUAAUGGAAGGCAGCUACAACAAGGUUUUUCUAGCAAAGGGAAACAUCCCUGCCGAAAGCUACACUUUCUUCAUUGAUAUUCUGCUUGAUACCAUAAGGGAUGAAAUUGCCGGGUGUAUUGAGAAGGCAUACGAAAAUAUAUUAUUCAACGAAGCUUCAAGGACGCUGUUUUUCACCACAUCAAAGAAGAUGACAGAGUAUGCAAAAAAGAGGGGCUGGCUGCUGGGCCCGGAUAACUACUACUCAUUUACCAGCCAGCAGCAGAAACCAGAGGAGGCCACAAUCCCAUCCACAGAACUGGCCAAGCAGGUCAUUGAAUACGCCAGGCACCUGGAAAUGAUUGUUUAGCCAAGGGAGAAGACGUUUUUUUUCAGGAUGGGGAGUGGGUGGGAUUACUUUUGUUUCUUUGGGGGUACGCGGGUUUGCGACUAGCGAAUGGGCAGUGAUGUCUGCACUCUUCAGAUCCUGGAAGCUGCUGAAUAUUGUGGAUCGAUUACUUUGAUGGACUGUGCUGAACACAGACUACAGAGCUGAGCUGCCCAGCUUUGGGCAGUUUCCAUUCUCUGCACAAUGUGUGGACAUCUACCCACUGAACCAUUGAAACCUUCAGCUUUCAACAACUUGUCCUCCAGCACCUCUCAGAUUCACACCAAUAGUCGGAUGUGGAAAUGUCAGUAUUUUAGUUGAACUCUGUUCCGGCCUGACAAAGUGGAUAGUUUUACGUGUAAUCUGAGGAGCCUUGCUUAUCUUCAAAAUAAAAUCAAAUCUAUUAGCACA